AUGGCGCAUUAUGCGAUUCAACAAGAUGUCCAUGAUACUGCCUUCUCUUCAAGAACGUAUACAAGACGCGACGAUCGUGGUGAGUCUCACAACCGUCUUUUUCGAGAUUAUUUUGCCGAGGAACCGAAAUUUAAUGAGAAUUUUUUUAGACAACGGUUUCGUAUGAGUAGACGGUUGUUUGUGAAGAUAGCUUCAGAUUUGGAAAACAAUUUUAGUUUUUUUCAAAGGAAGAUCGACGCUCGUGGUAAAUGGGGGUUUUCAGCUUUACAAAGAUGCACAUUUGCAGUUCGCCAGUUAGGAUACGGUAGUAAUCCCGACAGUUUAGAUGAUUACUUAAAUAUGUCGGAAAGAUCGUCACGUGACACCCUUAAUACUUUUUGUGAUGGAGUCAUUAAGUUGUAUCGGCAUGAAUAUUUGCGUAGGCCAACGCGGAGUCUUGAUUGUACACACUGGGGUUGGGAUAAUUGUCCAGUAGCUUGGCGUGGCCAGUACACGCGAGGUGAUCAUCACGGGCCGACGAUAUCGCUUGAAGCAGUUGCAUCAUAG